UAUUAAAAAAUUUUUUUGACUUCUUACAGGUAAAAGAGAGAUAUUUAAAUGGAAUGGGAAAACCAAACCAUUCCGGUGGAAUUUUUUCUGAAGGGACUUUCUGGUUACCCAAGGCUUGAGUUACUCUUUUUUGUGCUAAUAUUCUUAAUGUAUGUGGUCAUCCUUCUAGGCAAUGGUACUCUCAUUUUAAUCAGCAUCUUGGAUCCUCACCUUCACACCCCUAUGUACUUCUUUCUGGGGAACCUCUCCUUCUUGGACAUCUGCUACACCACCACCUCUAUUCCCUCCACCUUGGUGAGCUUGCUUUCAGAAAGAAAGACCAUUUCCCUUUCUGGCUGUGCAGUGCAGAUGUUCCUUGGCUUGGCCAUGGGGACAACAGAAUGUGUGCUCCUGGGCAUGAUGGCCUUUGACCGCUAUGUGGCUGUCUGCAACCCUCUGAGAUAUCCCAUCAUCAUGUGCAAGGAUGCCUAUGUACCCAUGGCUGUUGGGUCCUGGUUUGCAGGGAUUAUCAACUCUGCAGUACAAACUACAUUUGUAGUACAAUUGCCUUUCUGCAGGAAUACUGUCAUCAAUCAUUUCUCCUGUGAAAUUCUAGCUGUCAUGAAGAUGGCCUGUGCUGACAUCUCAGGCAAUGAGUUCAUCAUGCUCGUGGCCACAAUAUUGUUCACAUUGAUGCCACUGCUCUUGAUUAUUAUUUCUUACUCAUUAAUCAUUUCCAGCAUCCUCAAGAUUCACUCCUCUGAGGGGAGAAGCAAAGCUUUCUCUACCUGCUCAGCCCAUCUGACUGUGGUCAUAAUAUUCUAUGGGACCAUCCUCUUCAUGUACCUGAAGCCCAAGUCUAAGGAGACAUUUAAUUCAGACGACUUGGAUGCUACCGACAAAAUUAUAUCCAUGUUCUAUGGGGUGAUGACUCCCAUGUUGAAUCCUUUAAUCUACAGUCUUAGAAACAAGGAUGUGAAGGAGGCAGUGAAACACCUACUGAACAGAAGUUUCUUUAGCAAGUGAGUGCAAAAUAUACUGGAAUAUGAACACACUCGAUAUUGUUGAAACUUCAGAAUUAUAUUAGAAUUUUGGAUACUUUAACUGUUUUUCUGCAUUUUCAUAUGUUAUGUUAAAAUAAUGAGAUACGGCAUUUCAGAAUUAUUGCAUGUCCACUCUAGAGAAUUUGCAACAUACAGGGCAGUAGGAUGAAGAAGAAAGAGGGGUUACCUGUUAUUCUAAUAGUGGGAAUGGCCACUUUUCAACAUUUUGAACAGUAUCUUUCAUAUUAUUAUUAUUUUUUUCUGCAUUGGAAUAGGGUGCGAUGUGCCUUUUUAUGUUCACUUUUUUACAUAACGUUAUUUCAUAGGCAACAUUUCAUUGAAUCUUUUAAAAUAAAUAAAGCCAUCUGUUGUAGAAAAAGCAAAACAGAAAAUGCCCAACAUACUGCACUCACAUUUUCCAGUGGCAAGUCUUGUGUUAUAGUUUCACAUUAAUCUUCAGAUCCUGUUGAGUCAUAAAAUACUAUUUUCUUGUUGUGUAUUUAAUUUAAUUUAAUUUUUUUUUUUUUUUUUUUUUGUGAAGCUGAGUAUUUGGGACUAUCAAGGUGGAGUAGAUAAAUAGAGUUUAAAAGUAAGGCCUACUGCAAUCAAUCAGGAUAUCCUGCUUUAUGGUCUUUCUUUGCUUUAACUUAUAAGUUGGCUUUAGCAUAAAGAACAUUUUGCAAAAUUAAAAAUGGGUUUGAAAAUCAGUCUACUGGUCCAGAUAAUAAUGUGGACUAGUUCUGGGUUGAAUGGAGUGUCCUAUCAAUGCCCAUUUAGAAGAUGCCAGAUUUCUUUGCUAUCCCAAGGAAAUUUCAACAUUUUUCCAAGUCUUAGAAGAAUGUCCAAGUUUUUAAUUUUUAGUAUGAAUACUAUUCAUGUCUUGUCUCUGUUACUAACCAGGUUGAUUUGAGGAAGAAGAGGAUUUGGGAAUGUCAGACACUAUCUUACUUUUCCUUGUUUUUUAUGUCAAUUUUUUACUCUAUGUGAAGAACAUUUUAAAUUUACAGCCCAAGAUGAAUGACAGAGUGUGCUCAGGAGUGAACCACAUUCUAAGAAAUCAGUUUGGCUGAAUCAAUUUUUUUUAAUGGACCAGCGAAUGUAGAUUAUAUUGGGCAUGAACAUGUUUUACACAAAUAAGAAUUACCUGCUUGUGGAAUCUUUUGGGUUUAGUCACUCAUUUAAUCUUCCCAAGUUCACUUGUUAAUUUUAGUGGAUGGAAUAUUAAACAGUAACAAAAUAUAUUUAAAUAUAUCCAUCAUAAUUGUUUACAGAUUAAAUCCGAUGGCAAGAGUUGAGAUCGUUGAUAAUCAAAUUUACAACCUGACAAAAUAGGCUAUGAGAAUCUAUUAGUUCCCAUACACCAGUUCAUUGGACUUUUUGCACCCACUAAGAAUUCCCGGUUGGAAGAAAACCCUGGCAGUCAGGCAUUUUAUGUUUGACCCACAGGCAGGUUGUCUUGAAUGCUCAAGUUCUAAUUUUAUUUUCCUUCACAACUUAAAUCCAGCCCUCAUUAAUUCUCUGGGAUGACUGAGGUAGCUCCAUAGUCUUAU